AUGUCCCGCGUGUCGGUGCCUUGCCAUGUGAAAGGCACCGUGGCCCUGCAGGUGGGCGACGUGCGAACCUCCCAAGGCCGGCCUGGUGUGCUGGUCAUCGAUGUCACCUUCCCCAGCGUCGCGCCCUUCGAGUUACAGGAGAUCAUGUUUAAGAAUUACUACACAGCCUUUUUGAGCAUUCGUGUUCGCCAGCACACCUCACCGCACACACCGGCCAAGUGGGUGACCUGCCUGCGGGACUACUGCCUCAUGCCUGACCCACACAGUGAGGAGGGAGCCCAGGAAUAUGUAUCGCUGUUCAAGCACCAGAUGCUGUGUGACAUGGCCAGAGUACUGGAGCUGCGCCUGAUUCUGCGACAGCCAUCACCACUGUGGCUGUCUUUCACAGUGGAAGAACUGCAGAUUUACCAGCAGGGAUCAAAGAGCCCCUCCAUGACCUUCCCCAAGUGGCUCUCCCACCCAGUGCCUUGUGAGCAGCCUGCUCCCCUCAUUGAGGGUCUCCCAGACCCCAGCAGGGUAUCCUCCGAGGUGCAGCAGAUGUGGGCGCUGACAGAGAUGAUCCGGGCCAGUCACACCUCCACAAGGAUCGGCCGCUUUGAUGUGGAUGGCUGUUAUGACCUGAACUUGCUUUCCUACACUUGAACCAUGGCUCUUAGCCAAGAUGUUGGCCUUCCAUGCCCACCCAGACCUGGUUUAGGCCACCAGAGGCUGAAGUGCUUUCCCUGUGCAUUACAAGUGUUGCCUGCAUGCCCACUGUGUCUGGGCCACGUUCACAGAUUCAAGAUUCUUGGGGGCUAAACUGAGUUGCUUCAGCAUGAGUUCUCAGCAGGGAUGUACUCUGUCCUCAUCUGACUACAACCUGAAACUCCUUUUCCUACCCUGAAAACAUUCCAGUUCUGUUUACUAAGAAUCCCCUUCUGCCAACAUGCACACUCCAGUCUUCUGCCUGCUCCUUCACCCUGAAUGCAGUGCACUGGGGUGACCUACUAAAACCUGCUCUAUCAUUGGAAGGCUGCUGUAGCCAUGGCAGUCAUGUAGUUUGGAAGCUCAAGGAAAAAACAGGAGCCCACGUCUUCCUUCUGCGCCCCCUAGUGGUCUUCUUUCUUAUGCCCAGAAGAAGAAAUUUCCUGUCCUAACUCCUGCUGUCUGCCUAGGGAGUGAAGCUGGGGAUUUGGGCAGCCUGAAUCCCUUGGUCCCAGAGCUGGCUCCUGGAUGUGUGUUCAAAUGGGCCUGCCCAUCCAGCCUGGGCAGUGUCUCUGGCAAGACUGGUGUCUAAUGAGUUCUGGGACCUUUUUGCCUAAAGCACACCCUGUCCCUUCUCCCAGCUUCCCCCUUCAAGAAUCAUGCUAAGUGUGAUGAAAGACCAACCUUGGUAGGGUGUGGGUCCAGGUGGGCAUUUGCACUGGUGUCUUUCAAGAGGCUGAGGUCUGCCAUAACCCCAGGCCUGCUGCUGAAUAAGGCAGGCUACUCUUAUGAGAAAAUCUACCUUUUGUUUUUUCCUGACUUUGCUCCAGGGCACUAUGCUGCAGCAGCACUGCAAUAUGUGUUAGACCUGGAAAAUUGGAAGUUUGUGUGGCUCAA